ACCCCCCCCUCAACCCCUCAUGACCCCUCAACCGCUGGGACCCCUCUCCCACCUUCCUCGACCCCGUCCCCCCCACUCCCGGAGAUCCCCGAGCCCCCUCCGGGGGUCCCCGAAGGUCUCGGUGCGCCCCCCCCGGGGGAUCCCGACAGCCCCGCGCCCCCCGGUGUGGGCGGGGGGUCCCGGCGGGUUCUUUUCGCCGACGCUCUGGGGCUGCCCCUGACCCGCUUGCGGCAAUACCGGCCCUGGGACCCUCGGGGGCGGGGGGGGCCGCCGGGGGGGGGCGGGGGGGGGCUCCCCGUAAGUGGGGAGGGGGGCGCGGUGGGAGAGCCGCCCCCCCCCGGGAUCUGGAUGAGGCCUGGGAAGGGCAGGCCACAGGAGGCAGAGGACGUGCAGCCCCCACCCCCCGACCACAGCACAGAGCCUGACCCUGCCCCAACGCCCCCCCAGGAUGCGGAGCAGCCCCCAGCACAGGGCGCCGAGGACGAGGCGGUGGCGCGGGAGCUGGAGCAGCUCUACCUGUCCCACCUGCGCCGGCUGCGGGGGGACCCCGGCGACAGCGACCCCCCCCCGAGAAACGGGGGUCCCCCCUUUCCCGAGCGAGCCCCCAACACCUCGCUGGCCAACGAGAUGGCCCUGCGCUAUGAAGGGGGGGGACGCUGCAGCCCCCCGGUGCUGCUGGGGAGGGGGGGGGCCGGUGGAGGGAGCGCUGGUGGUGCCGGCGCGGCCCCCCCGGGGGAGGGGGAGCAGUUUGGGGGGUGCCCUGAGGGGGUGCGGGGUGGUUCUGGCCUUGGCCGUGCUGGUCCCGGUGGCCUGGGGGGACGGGGGGGGUCCCACGGCCGCGCUGGCCUUGGGGCUUUACCUGGCGCUGGCCUGGCUCACGUGAAAUUGGGGGGGGGGGAUAAAACCCAAAUGUCACCACCCAAAAUUGUCACCUCCCAAAUCGUCACAGCACUUUCCCCCCCCCCCAUCUCACCUUGGAGAAAAGCGUUGGACACCCCUAAAUCCAUCGGGGGAGGGGGGGAGGCUGAGUUGCGAUGGAAGGGCACCCCCGAAUUGUCCCCAACCACUCUGGGGGGUGUGGGGGCACUGUCACUUUGUGGGACCCCCCCCCCCACCCCCACUCAUGUGCACCCCACCCGGGUUUUGGGGCGCCCCUGUGUACAUACAGCCAUGGAACGACGGUGUCCCCGAGUUCUUGUCAUGGGGGGCGCUUUGGGGGAGAAGUCCCUCAGUUCUUUGGGUGACAUCGUGUGGGAGUCCCAGCCCCUCUGA